CUCUUAGCUUGUCUUUUCGGAGGAGAGAGAGACAGAGGCGGAGAGCUGCAUGUAACUGUCUCUGCCUUUGCUGCAUGUGAGGGCUCAUGCCUUAAGGCCAGUUAGAAAAGGACGACAAUCCCCUGCUUAGAGAGAGAGAGACAGCAUGGCCUAAACGUACGGAACCAGACUGAAGCUUUGCAAAAGCUCUGCAAGUAAGAUGCUCUCUGGUCUCCGCUUUUGUUAUCUUCUUCUUGGCCUCUUCGUCUUCACUCUAUUCGAUCUUUCUUCAAAAAUUUCUCUUUUGUCGCUUAAGUUUAUUGAGCCUGGUUCAGAUACGUCGGUUGCAAUUGGGAUGCGUGAGUGAAUCUUCUCUGUGCUUCUACUUCUCGUUUAUCUUUGAAGUUUGAACAAUGUUCUUUUCUGCGCUUUCUGCGACUCCAACAAGCUCCAUUACUGCUUUGCUUCUGAGAAUGUAAAAUGUUUUGGACUUUUGGGUCUCUGAAGAUGAACAAGGAUGGUCCCCAUUAAUAGCUCAUUUAUUGCGUUUGCAUAGUUGCUUCGAGAGUUAUGAGAUCUGCAAUUGGGCAAGUUUACCAGCAACACCCGACCGUCCAUCUGCCGGUGAACGAAGUAUUUUAUUCUACAGAUGCUCCUCAAGUCCUGAAGGUGAAGGGUUCUGAAGGCUACGGAUUUGAUUGUACAGAACCAAGACUCCUUGAGCUUUCUUCAUUGGUGCUUGGUAGAACCAGUUACAUAAUGUCAGAAACAGCUCCAAGAUGGAAGGCUUCUCAUCUUUUGGCUUUCUUGAUGCUUUUCUUUCUCCAGUCAUCCUUAUCUGAGGUAAAUUACUCUCAUGACCUUCAGUCAUUGAUCACUCUCAGAAAUUCUCUCAGCCAGAAAAGGGAAUUCAUUACAAGCUGGUUCAACUCAGCAAUUCCACCAUGCAACUGGUCUGGUAUAAAAUGUGUGGGUCUCAAUGUUGUCCAGAUAGAUUUAUCGCAGUUACCUUUAGAUCUUCCAUUUCCAAUGUGCAUAGGAGAAUUCAGAUAUUUGAAGGUUCUCAACCUCAGCAAGUGUGUGCUCAGUAGCUCUAUUCCUGAAAAUUUAUGGGGUUUGGAUAAGUUAGAAUCUCUGGAUUUGAGUGGUAACAGAUUGCUUGGAGUUAUGCCAUCUGCUAUUUCCAACCUGAAAAUGCUUAGAGAACUUGUGCUUGAUGACAAUAGCUUUUCUGGGAGCUUACCUUCGACCAUUGGAUUGCUAAGAGAUUUGACUGAACUCUCUAUUCAUGGAAAUUCAUUCUGUGGAUCUCUUCCACCAGAACUUGGGAAUCUGACAAACUUGGAAUCUCUGGAUCUAGGUAUGAACUUUUUCUCUGGAAAUUUACCAUCCAGCUUGGGAAAUCUUACUAAGCUUCUGUACUUGGAUGCUAGUUGGAAUGUAUUCACAGGACUAGUUUUUCAGGAGAUCGGGAGUUUGGAGAGACUUUUGGUACUUGAUCUAUCCUAUAACUCUCUAACUGGACCAAUACCUUCUGAAAUUGGAAGAUUGACCAGCCUAGAAUCCAUGAACAUUGGAAAUAACAACUUCAAUGGAGCAGUACCAGCUACAAUAGGAAAUCUGAGAGAGCUCAAUGUACUUUAUGCUGAUAAUUGUGGACUCACUGGUAAAGUUCCUGAAGAAAUGUCCAACCUGAGAAGUUUAACAAACUUGAAUAUAGCGCACAACAAUUUUGAGGGAGAUCUACCUGUGACAUUUGGUGAACUCACAAAUUUAACUUAUCUUAUUGCUAGCAAUGCAGGUCUUAGUGGAAGGAUUCCAGAGCAAUUGGGUAACUGCAACAAGCUCAAGACGCUAGAUUUAUCCUUCAACUUUCUUUCUGGCCCAAUUCCAGAGGGUCUUGUGGGGUUGGAGUCAGUUUACUCAGUCUCACUUGAUUCAAACCAUUUGUCAGGUCCAGUUCCAAGAUGGAUUUCCAACUGGAAAAGAGUGAAUUCAAUAACAUUAAGCAGGAACUUUUUGAAUGGGACUUUGCCACAAUUAAAGCUUCAAUCCUUGUCUGUGUUCAAUGUUGGUACCAACCAGCUUUCAGGAGAAAUCCCACAUGAAAUAUGCAAUGGCAAUGCCUUGACUGCACUGUUGCUGUCUGAGAAUGAGUUCACUGGCAGUAUUGAGAACACUUUCAGGGGAUGUAUGAACCUCACUGAUUUGGUAUUGUUUGGAAACAGUCUCUUUGGUGAAAUUCCAGACUAUCUAGUGGAGCUUCCAUUGAUUACACUGGAUCUGUCACAGAACAAAUUUUCUGGUGAGCUUCCUGAAAAACUCUGGGAGUCACAGACCCUUAUGGAGAUAAUAUUGGGGAACAACCUGAUUGAGGGUCACAUUCCGGCCACUAUUGGUACACUCUCAACACUAGAGAGACUGCAACUGGAUAAUAAUCUCUUUAUUGGUACAAUCCCAAGUUCCAUUGGAAAACUUAAAAAUCUGACUAAUCUGUCACUACAUGGGAACAAAUUAACUGGAAUGAUCCCAGUGGAGCUCUUUGACUGUAUAAAUUUGGUAUCUUUGGAUCUGGGUUCAAACAAGCUAUCAGGUCCUAUUCCUAGAAUUAUAUCCAAGCUGAAACUGCUUGACAAUCUGGUGCUAAAUGACAACCAGUUCUCUGGUCCAAUUCCUAAAGAGAUCUGUUCAGGCUUUCAAGAGGUGCCUUUGCCUGAUUCUGAAUUUUUUCAGCAUUAUGGAAUGUUAGAUCUGUCCUAUAAUGAGUUUGUCGGUCCUAUUCCAGCAACUAUUGGUCAGUGCACUGUUGUGAAGGAGCUUCUGUUACAAGGGAAUAAGCUGAAUGGCAGUAUCCCUUAUGGGCUUGCAGGUUUGGCAAACUUGACCUACCUUGAUUUGUCUUCCAAUUUUCUAACAGGACCUGCGCUACCUCAGUUCCUUGCUUUGGCAAACCUCCAGGGUCUCUUCCUUUCACAUAACAAGCUAAAUGGUUCCAUCCCUGACAAUUUAGGUUCCAUGAUGCAAAGCUUGGCAAAACUCAACUUGUCAGGCAACCAACUAACCGGUCCUUUGCCAUCAUCCCUCUUUGGUAUCAAGAGUCUCUCUUACAUAGAUGUCAGCCUGAAUUCUCUCUCAGGACCUAUCUCCUUUACUGGAUGUAAUCUUGGAGUCAGCUCUCUCUUGGUCCUUGAUAUCAGCAGCAACCUUUUCUCUGGUAGCCUAGAUGAAACAGUCGCCAAUCUGACCACCCUCUCUAUCCUAGAUCUUCACAAUAACACUUUCACCGGAAGUUUGCCAUUGUCACUCCCCAAUCUUGCUUCUUUAACAUAUCUUGAUGUCUCUAGUAACAGCUUCCAGGACUUCAUUUCUUGUGAUAUAUGUAGAAUAACAGGCCUUUCCUUUGUCAAUUUUUCCAACAACAGAUUCAAGGGGUAUGUGCCAGAAAAUUGCAGCAUUGCUGGUCCAUGCUUGCCUGGUGAACAUGACAUACCUAGCUUACAAUCUUAUCCACCUGCACCCGCUCUAAACCGAAUCUCUGUCUGGGGCAUUGCACUAGGUGCAACACUCAGCUUUCUCAUCUUUUUCUUUGGUCUGCUCAAAUGGAGGAUGCUGAGGCAAGAAACUGCGGCUCUUUCUUCAGGCAAGACCAAGCCCUUAAGGGCAAUUGAGCCAGCCUCUAGUGAUGAACUGCUGAGUAAGAAGUGGAAGGAGCCGCUAAGCAUCAAUAUUGCAACUUUUGAGCAUUCUCUUCUACGGUUGAACCCUGCUGAUAUCUUAUCAGCAACUGAGAAUUUCAACAAGACUUACAUCAUUGGUGAUGGGGGGUUUGGCACUGUCUUCAAGGCAUCACUACCUGAAGGCCGAACUAUUGCUGUCAAACGGCUCAAUGGUGGGCACUUCCAAGGUGAUAGAGAAUUCUUAGCUGAGAUGGAAACAAUUGGGAAGGUCAAUCAUGGGAAUUUGGUCCCAUUGCUAGGGUAUUGCGUCUUUGGGGAGGAGAGGUUUCUUGUUUAUGACUAUAUGGAGAACGGGAGCCUUGAUAUGUGGCUGAGGAAUCGGGCGGAUGCUGUUGAGGCCCUUGACUGGCCAGCUCGUUUCAAGAUCUGUCUAGGAUCAGCCAGGGGAAUUGCUUUCCUGCAUCAUGGGUUUGUGCCCCACAUCAUUCACAGAGACAUUAAGUCCAGCAACAUAUUGUUGGACAGCCGGUUUGAGCCGCGGGUCUCUGACUUUGGGCUUGCACGUAUUAUCAGCGCAUGUGAGAGCCAUGUCAGUACUGUUCUUGCUGGAACCUUUGGGUACAUACCUCCGGAGUAUGGCCAAACCAUGGUGGCCACCACCAAAGGGGAUGUGUACAGCUUUGGAGUGGUGAUGCUGGAGCUGCUUACAGGGAGGGCCCCCACAGGGCAGACAGAUAUAGAAGGAGGCAAUUUGGUCGGAUGGGUGAGAUACAUGGUAGCCAUGGGAAGGGAAAACGAAGUAUUAGACCCGUGCAUGCCGAGUCUGGGGCCAUGGAGGGAUCAGAUGAUUCAUGUACUCGACAUUGCAAAGGCAUGCACGUCUGACGAGCCACGGAAGAGGCCUACCAUGCUUGAGGUGGUGAAGCUUCUGAAGGAGAUCAGGAUGAUGCAAGGUUGUGGAUGAUAUUUGACAUUUAAAAUGAAAGUAUUCAUGCAUGCAUGCAUACAUGCAUGUAUUUACUAUUCAAUGAUUGGGUUAGAUCGCCCAAAUACUAACUCGUAGUUUUCAUAAUUUACCAUGUUUCUAUAUUGAAUAGUGAAAUUGAAAGAAGUGAAAAUUUCUCAAU